AUGGCCAGGCCAAUGCACCUAGCUGACUCGUCCAGUCUGAUCGCCUCCCAGCCCUCCGACGCCGCCCUGAGACGCUCUUCUCGCCUUCGUCUGCGCGGCGGCGUAAGGCCGUAUGUUAAGACCGCGGGGCCUAGCAUCCCAGAUGGGGCCCCUGCCAGAUCGACCCGCAAUCGUGGCGUCGUCCGCGUCUCAAGCCUCGGCACGACCAAACCCGCCACGAAAGUGCGUGGCCACUCUGGCCGGGCAAGGAGAGUUGCCGAGGAGAAUAUCUCUGUUGCCCUGCCAAAGCAACUGAAAGUAGCCCCUCGAUCGACUACCAAGCGUCGCCGAGACGAUGAGGAGAGCUGUGUGAAGCCCCUGAGUGUAGACGCUGCUGGGUCCCCUGAUGAGGCUGAAAAUGAAUUCCGCACCCCGAGAGCCCUCCGCGCUCUCAAGCGGCAGAGACGAGCCAGUUCCGGCUCUUCCGAUGUCUCCUGUCCCAUGAACAUCCACCAUCCCGCGCCACAGUCUCCUCCAGCCUUUUCCCCUUUUGGAUCAAGAGUCUCGUUCAGCAAGGUCGAUAACGAUCCUCGCCCGCUGCCACCCGGGGAUGCUGGAAUACUAGAGAAUAUUGCCCUCAUUAGGCAAGCUGAAUCUCGGAACCUUUCCGACGCCCGUCACACUUUUGCUAACGGCACCGUCUUGCUUCCCUCCAUCUCUGACGCCCAUGUACUUACUCCAUCUACAAACGAGAUCAAGAACGUCAAGACUGCUUUGGCUCCACGUGCUACUGAUGGCCCCAUUCACGAAGAAGACACGCUUGCCAGCCUGGCAGUGUAUUCAACCACUUUGUCGUCCGCGACUGAGUUCAAAGAUUCGUGCUCCGUAGAGCUUGUUAUCCCAGCAUCUGAACAUAGUGAUGCAAAUACUCGGCCAACGGUCACACCAGCGUCUGCGCUAGCGCCUAGGUUGCCGCAUUGUGCCAUCAUACCAUCAUCGCCACUCAGUCGGCCACCUUUGUCGUCAUCUUUGACAGACGCGAGCGAAGAUGACGAACUCUAUGGAUUUUCGUCUUGGUCCGUCCGAGUUCGCCAUCCAAUCAGGGACCGCAUUCGUCGGCCAGAGUCGAGAGAUCAUAACAUAUGGAAGCUUGCUUGUCACGAGCGCAUUGGUGAACUCGUGCAUAGGUAUACUCGGGAGAUUGUAAGAGCCGUAGUCGUCGCACAAGCCAAGCGCCAGUCACCGCCGCCCGAGUUCCGACUGUAUACCCCGGACAAUUACACGGGCUCCAGGGAUGACAUUGGCGACACUAACGACAGUUUUAUGGAUCUUGACGAUGAAGACGACGAGGAUUGGGAUGAUGAGGCGAGCGAUGACGAAGAUAUUUCCUCUGGGGAGCUUGGCGACAUGAAUGCAGCUGGGUUCGACGUAAUGGAUCUCGACGUCUCCGACAAUUCGCCGUCUUCACCAUUCCCAGCGCAUGAACACCAUGCGGACCCGGCAGAUUCGGCUGCUCCUGAUGCUGCUGCUCCCACUCUUGAAGAGUACUCACCCGCCCCAGCAAUUCCGUUGCAGCUGCCACCCCUCACUUCGGUCAGGGCACUGGGCUUAGAGUCAUGUCCCCAGCGCACGCCCGAUGGGAUCCCAUACGUCGGGCGUGGGACUCCCGUCGACCGACAGCGCCGCGCUGACUGGGCCAACAUCCGUCUCAGCCAGUACUUCUCCCUCGGCCAGCCUGAAUGGCUCACCGCACUCUCGCUUUCACCCUCUCCACCGUCCAACCCUAGCACACUUCUCCCAAGUGACAUGUCGUACGGCGUCCCGCAGGAUGUUUCUCCCUUCUGCUGUACCGAGCAGGGCGUGUUCGGUGCCGCCAGCACACAGGCGUACGGUGUGUCCCCAGACUCUGUCUCGUCGACCUCUUCCUCCGUUGCGAGCCUUUCAUAUACCCUGCCGCCCCCACAACCACACCCGGACGGUGCGUGGCUCGAGCCGGCUCUUCGCCCGGCGUCGCCAACGCUGGAACCAAUGGUUGUAAGCCCAUCGCCUCCGUCCCCGCCCUAUGAAGCGCACUUCACCGCCGCACCGAGUGUACUGCCGUUCCCAGGCGCGGCGCAGCCCCAUCCGCAAGGAUGUGCGUGGCAUGGCAGUUUCAUGCAGUGCCUGAUGGCGUCGGGCGUCGGAUGUUCGCCCGCGCUGCCUGGGCCAUUGGCUGUGGGCGCUCCUGUCCCCACCCCUGCGGAAGUCACUGCUGUUUAUGAGGUGCCGAUCAGUAUGGAUCCCAUGCCCGUGCAAGUGUCCAGCACACUCAGUCAUGCGCUGGGUUAG